AUGGACCAUCCCCAACCCCAAAAGAAACCGUCCCGUGUCACCUCCCCAGCCUUCAAAUCGCCUAAGACGCCGCCGACCGCUGACGUCAAAAUUCCAAGCAUCGAAAUAUCACCAGACUCACGUAUUAUGACGGAGUCAAUGCUUGAUGUCAUGGGUUCUCCCACCACUGCUACUAACACAGCCCAUCCCUUGCCACCGCUCUCAGCCUUGAACCUGCCCUGGCAGCGUGAUGACACUGUUAGUAAAUUGCCUCUCGCAGUAACGCUUAAGGACCAUGAUAUUGCAGACUUGACACACGUCGCUAGCGAAGUAAUAAAAAUUCCAAUAGCUCAACUUACUGGAGAUAGUAAUUUGGCGGUAUCUGUUAAACAGGAACUCACAGGGCAGCCUGUUGCGGACACUAUGUUAUUAAAUCCCGCUCACCCUCCAAUCGAAUUAGAAAUCGAAAAGCGGCACAAAACUGAGAUUGCGUUCGACGCGCAAAUUGAAGCGCCACCCACAGCAACACAAGGCUUCACGAAACCACCGUCUCGGACUACCGUACCACCUAUGGAGUGGAUUGAGCCUGCCAUUUCCAUGAUGUCGUUGCCAGGUAAAGCUGCGGACGCAUUCACUGUCAGCGUGGAUGAACAUGAUAAUGUGAUAAAUCCAGGCGCUGCGGAAUUUCUGAAGAAGUUUGAUCUCAACACAACGCCGGAUGUCUAUCAAUGCCAAAACCCCUGGUACGUCCCCGAUUCCUCCACCACUACCGUCACUCCACCCCUCUCCCCGCCCCCAGACACGGACCAUCUGCCCCCGCCAGACACCGUCAGGGAAAUGCUCCACUGGAUGGUUGGAUUGAAUCAAUAUGGGUAUGUUGCGAUUAUUAAAAAGCAUAUUGAAGACCUUUUGAGGGAGCUUAACGAGGAUGCCUCACAGCUCUCAGAUGCCCUCGAGGUCACUGGGGAUCCCACUCAGCUGACCGCUUCCCAUAUCUCCAACACUCUGACACAGGCGUGUCUCUACUCUGCCAGCGUUCUCCACAGGAUUAGGUAUAAAGACAUUUCGACAGCUGUUUCAACCCUUGACUUCAGCUCAGAAUAUUCCAAGCUUUAUUAUUCCAUCGACCCCGCCUGCCUCCUCUGCCAGCUGCGGGCCUACGCCUACGCCUACGCCUGCUAUCACCAGUUGACAUUCCUUAAGUCACAGUGUUCUCGGAAGGCAUCUGAUGGCGGUUGGCAGCAUUGUCAAUAUGGUGUUAAUGUAUCAUCUCCCAAGUCCCCACUUCAGGCCUUCCUGACUGACGCCCCCGACUCCAAGUUCGACACUCAUCCCUUCGACCCCUGCAACAUCUGCCUCAAGAGCCGUGUCAUGAUGGGAUUCACAAAGGAUGAUUUGCCUACACCUAACGAAACUGGCAGCCAUAUUCACACCAUCCUCACUCCCAGCUGCGGCGGCGACGAUCCCCUGCUGACAUUGUCCUCUUACCUCAACUGCCUCACCAGGCGGACGCCGCGCACUACCGGGGAGAUUGUUUCCUUCUUCCACAAUUUCGGGAAUUCGCUGUACUUACCAUCUUCACAGAUGUCUCCACUGGGCUCCGCCCUCUCCAAGCCACAUGACGACUGCCCCGACUGGGACAUCCUUGGCGACGCCGACUUCAAUGCCGUCAAGGGCGUACGGGGCUCCGCCACUCCCAACUCCAUCCACCGCGACAAUGAUCAUCCCAAUACCCUGUCCACGCUGCUUGGCUGCGGCAUCGAUGAUUCCAAGUGCUCACAACUCAUGAAGCCCAUCACCUACCGGGCCUACGCCGUAUACUCCCCGAGCUUCGCCCACCACUACCUCAGCUGGGCGGUGUACCUGGCAGACAGACUGUGGGACUCACUGCUCAAGCUUCACUAUGAUCUCGAGAACCUUCAAUGUCACGACUCCAAGUCCAAGCCCCUCCACCAGUGUACCAAGGCCCUGCCGCUGCUCUACUCUCACGGCAUCACGCCGCCAGACGGGACAGUGCAGUCCUCACUCACGUGUUCGGCUGCCGUCACCAAGCUGGGAGAUGUGGUCGCCGGAAAGCCUAUCGCAAGCCUCAUGACCGCCAUGGACACAUUCCUCUACGGCAUCCGUGCGCCCUUCCUCUACACCAUCACAGCACUUUGGCUCAUCGCAACACUCUACAUCCUCCACUCACUCCUCUACCGCAUGGACGUCCUGCGCAUUCGCUCCCACCUACUCACCACCAGGGCCUCCCACCUCAUCGACGUCAAGGCUUUGCUCUCCACCAGCAGGAGAAUGCUCUCACUCUACAAGGACGUCGACUACUUUGACGAUGACUUUCACUCAUGA